UAUAAAUUAUUUUUUCUUGCUUUAUUUGUUGGACAAUGUUUAAUUGUGACCCUACUUGGCAUGUUAUGAAAUGACUUCACAUUUCUGCUUUAGGUCACCUGAGUGUUUUCCGCCAUAUACAGUAUAAGUAGUUGUAGUAGGGCGAGAGAGAGACAGACAGCGAUAGAGAGACGGUUCUGCCCCCUCGUGUCUUUUUUUAGUAUAACUUAAAACAGUAAAAAAUAUUGAAUUUUUGAAAUGUAUUUAUAUAGACCCUACCCACCGACGUCACAAAAUCACGUGAUCGCAGUAUUGUUCCGCCCCAUUGUCCGUCAUUUUGUGUCUGUAUUAUCAAUGGUCUCAAUUGAUCGAGCAAUUUAUAAUGCAUUUCAUGGAAGACCCGGUGCUUUCGGAUGCCGUAAACUCACUGGAUGCGUUGCAUAAAAGGCGUUAUGUGGAAAAGCUUCAGUUUAUCCAUUCGCCAGAUCCAUAUUUGAUGCCUAAAUCGAUAUUUUUCGACCCGCUGUCUUCGCCGUCUUUGCCUGACAUCUGCUAGCUACCCUGAUAAUUACAACUAUCUUGUCCACACAAAAUCAGCCUAUUCUCACGAAAGUUUGAAAAACUUUAAGAGCUUGGAGGCUUAUAAAUACUUCGUUGCUGGUUGGGUGAAACAGGUCCUCGUCCACGAAAAUUCGGCAGGAAUCUAUCUUGUGCUUGGAAAGGUGAGUUACGAAAUUUUCAAUUCAAAAUCUUUUGUUCUUGCUAACAUCCACUGUCAAGUCUAAUGUAUUUCAUGUCAUUUGUCAAUGGAGCUAGGGCUUUUAAUGUUGAAAUGGUUUAGCGAUAGCACUCUCACUACAUACAUACGUGUAUGUUGUCGGCGAUUAGCCUAGCAAUGAUCUUAAUUGUGGUUGUCAGCCCAAAACCCUCUAAAUAUAUAUUAAAUGCAUCUUACCAGAUAUAAAAUGACUACUACAUAAUCUGUGGUAAUCGUUUGGAGCCCAGUUUUCUCGUCGAAUUGCAGCAGCCCAUCUAGCUCUCCUCACCGGUGUUCUGCCAAAAUAUCCUACAUCGGCAAAACGUCCUACAUUAGUCGAAUUUGACACCUAAAGUACUACCGUGCGCUCCAAACUUGUUUUGUUUAGAUGCAUACAGGAAUAACGUACUAAAAAAAUGCCUGCAGAAAAUACUUAAAUGUAGUUAUAUCAAAUAAGGACGGUUUAAAUACGCUACAUGACUAAUGUGGUCAAUUGCUUCAAAGCUAACACAAAAAAACACAAUGGUUAAAAGUAUGAGAGGGUAAUACAUGCAAACAGUAUCUUUGAGGCAGUGAAAAGGUUCUAAAUAACUAAAUAAAAACAAAAAUGGUGAGUACUCACCGCUUCUAACCGAUGUGCGCAUGCGUGUGGAUGCAUGCGCAAGCGCCCUGAGCAUUGUGUAGAACGUUUCGCCGCGUAGUAAGGAAUGGCCGAACACCUGUUCCGAACACCUGUUCUCUCGGAAUCCGGUAGAACUUCAAGUCCCUCCGUCUUUCUUCUCUGUUAUUGCAACCGACCGCCACACACGCCCUCACCAUUUUGAUUAUUAAUGUUAACGAGCAGAAAACACGCCGUAAAUAGGAGGAAUGUACGUAGCCGUAACAGGUAAACACGAUGUGUUGACGGACAAUUGGGCGGCACCAGUCAGGAGGGCUGAGUUGUGACGUCACGUGGGUAGGGUCUAUAAUAGGGGCUGUGCACAUUAAUGGAUAUCUAAAAGAUGUAAACACGCCAGAUUGUAGCAAAAAAAAAAAAAAAAAAAAUCAAAUUUACACCCGCAGUCCCUAGGCAGGUAACACAGAUACAAAAAGUGAACAAUUUGCACCUACUUAUUCUAUGCCGAUGGCGCUAAAACCGAAAUCGUGAUCACGUUUCAAAGAGCUCGCGUGACGUCACAAAGAACGAUCUUUGGUCUUUGAUGUCAAACCACAGUACAAAACAACAUCCGCUAGUGACAUACCAUCAGAUGGAGCAGUGGAGUCAAGUACACAAGACUUAUCUGAAGACACCAUCUGGACGAAAGACUUCGACCAUGGAACAACUUGCAUCUGAAAUUCUUGCAACAAUCGAAGGGCUGGGGGAGCACAUAUUGGAGCACCCUCUGAGUUUAACAGAUCUGGACCGGAUGAGCGACGGUGCAACAAAGUCUGCAACCAGAGAAACGUUCAUUUUGGCUGAGCUGAUUGAAACUGAAAAGGCUUACGUGCGAGACCUGCGAAAGUGCAUUGAUACUUACAUGAGGGAGAUGUUGACCCAAGAGGAGGAGAUCCCUGCAGGACUGAACAAUAUGGAGGACGUCAUCUUCGGGAACUUGUUGGAGCUGUAUGAAUUCCAUCAUAAGAUCUUCCUCAAGGAACUGGAAAAACAUGAAAGCGUCCCUGAAGAUGUCGGAUGUUGCUUUGUCAAAUGGGCUGAGAAGUUCCAAUUAUAUGUGGACUACGGCAAGAACAGUGACAAGUCAACUCUGCUCAUCCUGGAGCAUACUGUUAACUAUUUUAAUAAAAUUCAGCGGAAGCACGGACUAGCAUUCUCGUUACAAUCUUUCCUGCUUAAGCCAAUACAGAGAAUGACAAAAUAUCCGCUGUUGUUAAAGAAUCUCCUCGAGUGCUGUGAAGAUGGGAAAGGAGUACUCAAGGAAGCCCUGGAGGUGACUCUCAGCAUUCUGAAGAGAGCCAACGAUGCCAUUCAUUUCUCAGUUCUGGAAGGUUUUGAUGAGGGCGUUGAAUCCCAAGGUGAGCUGCUCCGACAGGAGUCGUUCAAAAUGUGGGAUUCAAAAUUGCCAUUUUGCAGGGGGAAGAAUAUACACCUUUUUCUCCUGAAAAAGUCCUUGCUGGUCUGCAAGGUGGUCAAGGAUCAGAAAGGCAUGACGAAAUACAUUUACAAGAGAAGACUCAACCUAGCUGAUGUAAAGCUGACAGAAAACCCUAAGGGAGACCCUGGCAAGUUUGUUCUUUGGGUGGGCCGUAACUUGAUGUAUAGCAAAAGAAUUGUUCUUAAGGCGUCAACUGUUCAAACCAAGCUGGACUGGAUCGAGCAUAUCCGGAAGCUAAAGAAGGAGCACACCCUCCACCUGCCGGGGACGCUCAAACAGCCGAUCGGUAUUCCUAAAGCCAUCACAGCAAAGCUCUACAAGAGGCAAAGGUGCAGGGCGUGAACUACAGUGGCUUCGAUGAUUCCAUCAAAGUGGCUCGGCGUCCUUUUUGUUGUUGUUUUUUGCAACAUUUGUGAAUAUAAUUUCUUGUACAUAUUGUAUAUAGUUAUGUAUUUGAUCAAAUAAAAUUUCAGCGUUA